AUGCUGGGCACCGGGAACAUGGCAGAGGCCGUUAGAAAGAACGGAUCAUCUACAGCUCAUAUAGAGGAUCCUCUUCAAAAUCUAGGUGUUCAGAAUGAUAUGAAUGUGCAGGCGAUGCUGCAGGGCUCCACGAUGCUAAAGGUUCGAUCCCCACGCUGGCAGAAAAGACGCAUGCUAAAGCUGCUGGACGAUGGCGUAACGGUUCAAUACGAGUCAAAGAGUACCUUCAGCAAGCCCAAAAACUUCUCUGUGAUGGAGGUGGAGUGUGUGCGCGAGGGCUGUCAGUCAGAGACCCUGCGUAAGCUGGCCACUUCUCUGGAAGAGGACCAGUGUCUGACCAUCGUCUUCAAGGGAGCCAGAAAGAGUUUGGACCUGCGGUGUGAAAGCAAAGAGGAAGCACAGCACUGGACCCAUGGGAUACGCACCCUACAGGACCGAGUCAACAACAUGAGCCAGACUGAAAAACUUGACCACUGGAUCCGUGGCUAUCUGAGACAGGCAGAUGGGAACCAAGAUGGGAAGAUGAGUUAUGAAGAAGUGCAGACUCUCCUGCAGAUGAUCAACAUCGAUCUUAAUGAAGAAUACGCUCGGAGACUCUUUACGAAAUGUGACCGGUCCGCAGACGGCCGUCUGGACCACAGCGAGAUCGAGCUGUUCUGUCGUGAGCUGUUGCGCCGACCCGAGCUGGAUGCGGUGUUCCAGCAGUACUCCUCCAACAGCCGAGUGCUGUCCACCGUGGAUCUGCGAGACUUUCUGAAAGACCAGGAUGAAGACUGCACACUUGUGCACGCACAGAGCCUCGUCAUGAAUUAUGAGCUCAAUGAAUGGGCUCGGAAUAACCAGCUAAUGACAGCCAAUGGUUUCACGAUGUACAUGCUGUCCAAGGAAAAUGUUCUGUUUAAUCCGGAGCAUGUGACAGUCUAUCAGGACAUGAACCAGCCACUCAGUCACUACUUCAUCUCCUCCUCUCACAACACCUACCUGACCAAGGAUCAGGUCAUUGGAGAGAGCAGUACUGACCCGUACAUCAGGGCCCUUAGCCACGGCUGCCGCUGUGUUGAGCUGGAUUGCUGGGACGGAGAUAAAGAACCGUUGAUCUAUCAUGGACACACCCUUACCUCCAAAGUGCCUUUUAAAGAGGUGGUGGAAGCCAUCGCUGAGUACGCGUUUAAGGCCUCUCCGUACCCUCUGAUUCUGUCUCUGGAGAACCACUGUUCAGUGGAGCAACAGACAAUCAUGGCCCAGCAGCUGCGUUCCAUCCUGGGGGAGAAACUGCUCACAAAGCCACUAAGUGACGAGAACGGGGACAUCCUUCCCUCACCAGAGAAACUAAAAGGGAAGAUUCUGGUGAAGGGGAAGAAGGAGCAUGUGGAGCAGGAGAUCUCCAGCUCAUCUGAUUCCAGCUGCUCUGAGGAUGAGGGCAAAUCUGAGGACAAAGUCAAAACUAAGAAAGAGGGCAAAAAGGUGACCAAGCUGAGUCCAGAGCUCUCAGACCUGGUGGUGUACACUCGUAGUGUCCCCUUCAAGGGCUUCGAUCGGACAGCUAAAAGGCCGGCCAAUGAAAUUUCCUCCUUUUCGGAAAGCGAUGCUCUUAAACACAUCAAGAACUCAGGUAAGUUCUUUGUGCGCCAUAACAGCCGGCAGCUAAGCAGGAUCUACCCGUCCGGUCAGCGCCUGCAGUCCUCCAACUACAAUCCUCAGGACAUGUGGAACGCCGGCUGUCAGCUUGUGGCUCUGAACUUCCAGACACUCGGGGAACAGAUGGACUUAAAUCAGGGGCGUUUCUUACCUAAUGGUCGAUGUGGAUAUGUCCUAAAGCCCGGCUUUCUUUGCCAAAAUGACUCCGACUUCAAUCCUGAAAACACAGGCGGAGGACCAGGACACAACCCCACUCUUCUGACCAUUAAGGUCAUCUCAGCCCAGCAGCUACCUAAACCAGACAAAGAGAAGCUGAACUCCAUUGUGGACCCUAUGGUUUGGGUGGAGACUCAUGGAGCCCCCAUAGACAACAACAAGAAAAAGACCCACCGCAUAGACAAUAACGGUUUUAACCCCAGAUGGGACUGCACGUUUAAGUUCGUGUUGCACGUGCCGGAGCUGGUCCUGGUGCGCUUUGUGGUGGAGGAUCACGACUACACUGCACGUAAUGAAUUCCUGGGCCAGUUCACUCUGCCCUUCACCAGCAUGCGUACAGGUUACAGGCAUGUACGGCUGCUGAGGGCCGACGGUUCGAGUCUCUCUCCUACCAGCCUCUUCAUUCACAUCAAGGUCACACCUAAUUACAGCAGCCCCAAACUCGUCACCUCAGCCAGAGCCUAGCAGCGGACAGGAGUUUGUUUUCGAUGCAGCUGGACUACUGACCUGGUUACUGUGGCCAAAAAGAAUUACUGUAAUUAUUACCGUAACAAACCAAUCACAGAGACCAAACACGAGAAGCGAUGAAGCAUAUUUACAACAGAAAUAUUUACAAAUUUGUUCUGUUUUAAUUAAACUGGAGAGGAUUUUCAGGUACCAGCAAACUUCAGGAGUUUCACCUGCAUUUACUGAGGGGGUGAGAAAGAGCCUCUUAUUUACAUUUACAUUUUCAGCAUUUAGCAGACGCUCUUAUCCAGAGCGACUUACAGAAGUGCUUCCAUAGUGAACAUUUCAUUUCUCAAGUUUAGGUAAACAACAGUCA